AGGGGACUGGAUUUGGUCCGGUUUAUCUCUUAAAUCGAACCAGAACUGUGUACCCAAUAUUAGCGGAUUAUUGUCUGGUAGAUAUGGUUUUGCCACAAUCCUUCCUCCCCAAUUUCGAACUCUCUGCGACAUUUUUGCCCUGAGAAAUAGUUAUACAGUCAUAUUUCAUAUACAUACUCACACUCAUACGUGAAUGUGUACAUGUAUAUAUGUAUCUAUACCUGGUUCCUGUUGAUAUCUCCCUGAACUUGCCAUGAAUUUAGCAGUGGAAGCUUCUGUUCUCAGUCGUUACAGAAGUGAAUCGGUGAAUAUAUCUACUCACUUCACAGCUUGUAAUCGCCGACUAAAAUUCUUACCCAAGCUUAUCCCAAGAACACUGCGUUAUCCCAUCAGAACGAAGACGCAUCACACUGUUCCCAACAUUCUCAGAUGUUCCUGCAAUUCUGGCCCACAAUCAGACAACAUUGUUGUUGAUAGAUUUCGCUCAAAGCCGACAAUCGGAGAAAAUAGAGGCGAAAGAGGGAAGGAAUUGGUGCCUGGUGUGAAUUCGGCGAAAUUUGGGGGUUUGGUUAAGGGUGGACUUGUGUUGGCAGUGUUGGCUAUUGGGGUUAUUCGAUGUCGAAGAGUUCUUGCAGUGGAGGGGUUGGUGGUGGGUGGUGGUGGUAGUGGUGGCUAUGGGGUUUUGGACCGGGCUGGGGUGUUUCUGAAGGGUGUUUGGCCUACAAUUCUACAGGUUUUGCGUGUUUUAAAAGAGCAUGGUUUGGUUUUAGCUGCACUUUUGUCUCUCUCUGCCUUCUUUUCGAUGGCUGAGACUUCAAUCACGACGCUAUGGCCUUGGAAGGUGCGUGAGCUGGCUGAAAAAGAACCAGAGAAUGGUGUUUUCAGAAUGCUCCGUAGUGACGUCACUCGUUUCCUCACAACCAUUCUUAUUGGCACCACUGUUGUCAAUAUCGGGGCAACUGCACUUGUCACAGAGGCAGCAACAGCAACUUUUGGUGAAGCUGGUGUUAGCGCAGCUACUGGUGUUAUGACGGUUGUUCUUUUGCUCCUCACUGAAAUUACUCCAAAAAGUAUAGCUGUUCACCAUGCCGCAGAGGUCGCAAGAUUUGUUGUCAGGCCAGUUGCAUGGCUUUCAGUGAUAUUGUAUCCCGUUGGAAGAGUGGUUACUUUUUUGUCCAUGGGGAUGCUUAAAAUGCUGGGUUUGAAAGGAAGUAGUGAACCAUAUGUUACUGAAGAUGAGCUAAAGUUGAUGUUGAGAGUUGCGGAGCUGAGUGGGGCUAUUGAGGAGGAAGAACAGGAUAUGAUUGAGAAUGUGCUAGAGAUAAAAGAUACAUAUGUUAGGGAAGUGAUGACACCUCUUGUGGAUGUCGUUGCAAUUAAUGCCGGUGCAACUCUAACCGAUUUCCACAGUUUUUGGGUAACUCAUCAAUAUUCCAGGGUACCAGUUUUUGAGCAGAGGGUUGAUAAUAUAGUGGGUAUUGCUUAUGCAAUGGAUCUGUUAGAUUACGUUCAGAAGGGAGAACACCUGGGAAAUUCAACUGUGGGAGUUAUCGCACACAAACCUGCAUAUUUUGUACCUGAUUCAAUGUCUGUCUGGAAUCUUCUAAGAGAAUUCCGCAUCAGGAAGGUUCACAUGGCGGUUGUUCUUAAUGAAUAUGGUGGAACUGUGGGAAUAGCUACUCUGGAAGAUGUUGUUGAAGAAAUUGUUGGUGAAAUCUUUGAUGAGAAUGACUCAAAGGAGGAAAUCGAGAAAAAGACUGGCUAUGUUGUAAUGCGAGCAGAGGGAAUCUACGAUGUUGAUGCAAAUACAGCGAUUGAUCAACUAUCAGAAGAUCUGGAUAUUAUUUUGCCAGAGGGCCAUCAAUAUGAGACAGUAUCGGGUUUUAUAUGUGAAGCAUUUGGAUAUAUUCCCAGGACAGGUGAGAGUAUAAAGGUAGUGCUUGAAAAGGCAAACCGCGAGGAGAACAGCGAUUAUAAUGGAGCAGAAUCUGACCAUCAAGAUCAGAAGGAUAAACAUCAGAAUUUUAAGCUUGAGAUAUUGGCAGGAAACUGUAGAAAGGUGAGUGCUGUCAGAUUUGAAUGCAUAAAUCAGGAUUCAACAAAAGAGGCCAAAGAGGUCACUCGCUUGGUUCCUAGAAUCUGGAAAAGGAAAUCGAGAAAUGAUGAAGAUUCAGACAUGAGUGAUGAUGAGAAAGUAUACCAGCAGAAGCCAAAUGAUGGCAUCUCUCAUGAUCAUGUAAAUGCUGAACAUGAAGUUGACAAUGACAUUAUCAAUCUUUAAUACAUUGAGAAAAAAAUAAAACAAUAGAGAACUGAACAUAGAAUAUUAGGAUAUCUAGAGAUUAAGAGCAUGAGAGAUGUCUACAGAUGAAGAGAAGUAUCAACUUCCGAAAUUUCAAAAUUUUGUGAUGUGCUGAGUGCUGCUGCAUCAGUGGACCAUAAGUUUAUUAAUGGCGGGGUCUCGGUGGAUCUAAAAUCAGCGUGCUUGCACUGUGAGUUGAGUCCAAGGGAGAGGAGACCUUGAAGAGGCGGUGUAGGUGGAAAGACCAUUUCAGGUUGGGAGAACAGCUUGGGAGGCUCAGGCGGUAUUGUUGGGGUAACUAGUUUAGACUCCAAGAAUAGUUUUAGAAGCUCUCCCCUUUCUCUCUUCUUCCUCGCGCGAUGGAGUUUUCUAAAUCUUUCUUGUAGGAGACCGAUGGAGGAACCCACCACAGUGGACUUGCCACUUCUCCUUCCCAUUGAAAAUGCAGAGCUUCAACCCGUGUGAAAGCUGCAGUGCCAAGGGACUUUUAUCUCCAGCUGUUAUUGUGGGUAAGUUUAGUGUUUUUGUGCUUUGCGAGUCUGGAAGUGGUACAUGUGCAACAUAUAUAGGAGAUGAAUGUUAGGUAUUUGCCAUUAAUUUAUGAGUUUUGAGCCAUCUAA